UAAGUACGGAGUAUUAAUAGAAAUUUGGGACCCUAUUUUAACUUCAUUCCACUUUUGAUGGUCGGAAAUCUAUGUCUUUUCUUCUUAUAUAUAUAUUUACUCCGUCCCUUACUACUCAAUCGGUGCGGAGUUUAAGACACUUGAAUUGAAUUAUUAAUUUAAUGAAUGGUAGUUGAUAGUGGGUAUUUUUUUUAAUAUAGUUAGUGGGAAAUGUGUAAGGGUUGUGGGGUGUGAAUUUUUAAAUAAUUUUGUGUAGGGAGUGGGUUAGUAGGUAUGUGUGAAAAAUAAUACUUCAUCUGUUUAUUUUACUCGCAAUAUUUUUCACUUUCACGCAGGUCAAUGCAUAACUUUGAUCAUUAAUAUCUUUGAUUAUCUUAGAGCAAAAAUUACAAAAUAAUAAUAAUUAUAUUUGGAAGUUCACAUUGAGACGAAUAUAACAAGAUCUUACAUGACUAUGUUUUAUUUUACUUAUAAAUCACCAAUAUCAAGGUAGAAUAUGUGAAUAGUGUAAAAAUUUCAAACGUUGCGAGUAAUAAUCGGAGGAAGUAUAAUAUUGGUGAAAAUUUCCAUUUAUAGAAGCGGUGCAAGUAUUAAGAGACGAUCUGAAAAGGAAAGCGGUGCGAAUAUUAAGGGGCCGAUAGAUUUAACGUAAAAGGUUUGUUAAGUUUAUUUCGUCCUUUUCAAAUAACUAAACCUUUGACAGUACAAUGGCUAUGUGAUAUAAGUUAACUAGAUGUGUUUUGGCUUACUAUUGGCUAACCUGUUCUAGGGGUUGGGGCAGGGCAAACUAACCUGUUCUAGGGGUUGGGGCAGGGCAAUGGGUCAGCGUUUUUGGACUAGGGCGGAUGAAAUUGUCACUUUAGUAAUUUUUUCUUCUUAUAAUCAUUUUGGAUCAGACGGACCAAACAGACAUUGAUUGGCAGCAGACAUGUUCAAGUUUUCAGACGAAGUACAUAACCAUGUGUGUGUUACUCCACACACUUAGAGAUGAAACCAAAUUCGAUUAGAUAGGGUAAAGAAACCAAAAUGGUGAUAUAAAUGCAGAAACAGGCCACAUACAGAAGUCAUUGCGGAAGGUUAGAAGAGUACACAACGACGUUCACAGGAAAGAAGAGCUUCCCCCUUUAGAGACUCUUCCUCGCACGACAAAGAUUUUGACGACAUGGCGCGAUUUGAUUAUUAAGAAGAAUCAUGUAGUACAUGGGGGGGUUUUUCUUGGCUUGCCGGCUGAAUAUAAGUUGGUAGUGCCGGCUGAAGGUGCUACAAUUUUUGAUUGCCCUCCCGGCCAUAUUGUUGUUUAUGCGAAGCAUUUUGAUUUUGGGCUUCGCUUUCCUUUGCAUCCUUUCGUUGAGAAGAUAUUUCGCGCCUGGAAUGUUUGUUUGGCCCAAGUUACACCUACUACUAUCAGAACCGUUAUUUCUUUCGUCUGGCUGUGUCUGUUUAAGCAAUAGCCGCUGACAUUAAAUUUAUUCAAGCGAUUGUUGUGGCUAAAGAAGGACGGUGAGACGGGGUGGAUGUCGGCCUAUAGUGCAACAAAAAGGAAGACUGUGCAUCCUCCGCUGUCGAGUUGUAAAGACUGGCAGGAUCGUUUUUAUUUUGUUCAAGUUCCCGACACUUUUCUUCUUCGGCGGACUUUUACCAAACCUAGGCCUCGAAUGGAGCAGUAUAACCAGCGUGGUUUGGGCCGCCGGGAGAGAAAAGCAUUUGAUUAUUUAGAGUGCGACAUUCUUGAUGUCGGCCUCAGCAAGAAGCAGGCUGUAAAUAGAAAUUGGCUUCCUAAUGCCUAUUAUAUUUUGGGUAGCCAACCGUUGUCUGCUGUCGGCUUAUGCAAUACUCAUUGCUUUGGUAAACACAUCAUUAGUUGAUUUGCCCGCCUGAAAAUAAUCAAUUUUUUUUAUUUUGUACAAGUGUCUUUCCGGUAUUAAUUCCUUUGUCGUCUUUUUCAGGUACGAAAACCUUGGAUAGGGACCUUCUUGGUUUUGACGAGAAUUGGAGACCUGUGUGCACGCAGCCUCCUCAACCUAAAGCUAAAUACGACACAAUAGCAACGUAUUCGACCCGAGCUUCCUCUCGUCGCUCUACUACCACUGUUGCAAAGAAUCGUGUGAGUGCCGCCUGCAAAUCCAAAUCCUCCUCUGUCAUUGUUUCUCAAGCUCCGCCUUCAUCCACAAUGCAGUCCAAUCCAACAGGCCGAGGUGGAACCCGCCGGAAAAGGUCGUCUCUUAAUUCCAGUCGGUCUAAUCCGACUAAGAGGGCAAGGGGCACUGGUGAGGAUGAUGCUUACGCCGAUCACGAGGCAAAUGAGCCGGUCUUGGAGUCUGCCGCCAAGAAAACUACUGAAACCGCCCUUCAGGCGCAGCCGUCUCCACCAGCUUCUAUUGAGAUUUUGGACGAGGGUCCUGUCGGCGGUUUUAUUGAGGACUUCCACCGGCAAGCUGCUUCUGCUGCUGUUACCGGUGGUAACUCUAGUAUGCCUCCCGUCAGUCGCAGCGAGAACAAGUCUGGUGAUUCUCGACUGAAUUAUCAUCUGCCGCUUCGUACCGGCGGUUGGAUUGAGGAUACCCCCUUUAAGAUCCCGGAAGCAAUGAAAUCAUGGUUCGGGUCUUUUGGCGGCGAACCCACCGAUCAGUUCUACCCAAACAUUGAUCUGCUGUGUGGGGAGUCGGUGGCGACGGAUUCUGCUAAGGACGGUGGGGAUUUGGGCUACCGUGCUUUUCGGGAUCUGAUUACUCCUGCUGACAGGCCACUGGGUCAGAUUGACGCCCCUGCUGCUCAGCAUUUCAACGAUUUGUAUAAGGCUGUUCAAUCCAGCAUGGAUUUGUACUAUGUCUAUCGUUGGAACCAGAUGCAGCUGACGCAGAAUAACAUUGAUAUUGCCGAGCUGAAGAAGCGGGCUGAGGCGGCUGAAUCUGCUUUGAAGAUUAAUGAGAAGAAGUUGGAGAGUGCUUCUUCGAAUUUGGAGGCGGCGAACCGAAGGCUGGAAGAGGUUGAGCCGAAGCUGAAGGCUGAAACUGAGAGGGCAGACGGUCUGACUGAGGAGCUGACUGAUCUUAACCAGAGUUUGCCUGUGGUGAAGAAGACUGCCGCCAAGAGGGCUGUUGAUAAGCUUCUCCAGUCUGACUGGUUUAAUGAUAUUCUUACUCUGCGCCAUAACGGUGGUUGGUGCGCUGUUCAUCGGGUCGUUUGCCAUGUGAAGAAGCUGGAUGAGGAUGGGUGGAAAGAAUUUGAGGCUGGGUAUGAGGAGAAGGAGCUGUACAAGGUUGCUACCGGCUUUGAGCCUCAGGAGCUACCCGAGGCUGUGAUUUGCAAUGCCAAUCAAAGAACCUUGCCCCCCUUGCAAGUUCCAGAAGAUGCCUACUGGUCUGGUGAUGAGCGUGCCGUUUGACGGUCUUGGCAGUCAUCACCCUCCUCUUCUUGCGGAUCCUCUACUUUUCCCAGCCGGCCUCGUACAUGUUAGGGUUUUUUAGCUUAGGCGGUUGGCUUUUGACUUUUUGCCAGAUGCUGUUAGGGCACUUAUUGUUGAUGUAACAUAUCUUAGAACAUCGUUUUAUUGUAGGGGUGUCGGUUUUAAUCGACAUCUUUUGUGCCUUGUGAUCAGCUAAUCACUUCGCAAGAUUUUUUGGUGAUGGCUGUCGGUUUUUAGUGUUUUUUCUGCUGUAAUCAUGCAUUUAUAACAAGUAGUUUUUUUAUUGUAUGUUUACUUCGUUUUGUGUAUGAUACUUCCAUUUUAUUAGCAUGAACUCUUAUUUGUUGACGGCCUU